CCAGCACCGCGGAGAGCGCCGGGCGCCGCGAGCAGCAGGACCGAGCGGCGGGAGCCGGGCGCCACCGGCAGCGUCCUGGGCUGGCAGACGGCGAGCGGCGGCUGAGGAAGGCGCCUGGUUUUUAAAAUGAAGAAGUUUAAUUUCCGAAAAGUUUUGGAUGGCUUAACUGCCUCCUCCCCUGGCAGUGGUAGCAGCAGUGGCGGUAACAGUGGUGGCGGGGCUGGAAGUGGUUCCGUGCAUCCAGGAGGGACUGCAGGGGUUCUCAGAGAGGAGAUUCAGGAAACCCUUACUUCAGAGUAUUUCCAAAUUUGCAAGACAGUUCGACAUGGUUUUCCUUAUCAGCCCACAGCACUGGCUUUUGACCCAGUUCAGAAAAUCUUGGCUAUUGGGACGAGAACAGGUGCUAUACGAAUACUUGGGAGACCUGGUGUUGAUUGUUAUUGCCAACAUGAGAGUGGUGCAGCAGUCCUACAACUCCAAUUCUUGAUAAAUGAGGGUGCUUUGGUGAGUGCAAGUUCAGAUGAUACACUUCAUUUGUGGAACCUCAAACAAAAAAGGCCAGCUAUUCUGCAUUCUCUUAAAUUCAACCGAGAACGGUUCUUGAGGUGUGGGAGCUUAGUUAUUGAUUUGAGACUUUUCCUCUUUUCUAAUAGUAAAUGGCUCUAUGUUGGAACAGAAAGAGGAAAUACACAUAUUGUAAAUAUUGAAUCUUUCAUUCUUUCUGGAUAUGUUAUCAUGUGGAACAAGGCAAUUGAACUAUCCACAAAGACUCAUCCAGGUCCAGUUGUACAUUUAAGUGAUAGCCCAAGAGAUGAAGGAAAACUGCUAAUAGGUUAUGAAAAUGGUACUGUAGUAUUCUGGGACUUGAAAUCUAAAAGAGCAGACCUGAGAGUUUAUUAUGAUGAGGCUAUUCAUUCAAUUGAUUGGCAUCAUGAGGGCAAACAGUUCAUGUGCAGCCAUUCAGAUGGCAGCUUGACUUUAUGGAACCUGAAAAGCCCAAGUCGUCCUUUCCAGACAACAAUUCCACAUGGAAAAAGUCCAAGAGAAGGAAGAAAAUCUGAAUCAUGUAAACCAAUUCUCAAAGUAGAGUACAAGACCUGUAAAAAUAGUGAACCUUUUAUAAUAUUUUCUGGCGGACUGUCCUAUGACAAAGCUUGCAGAAAACCAAGUUUAACCAUCAUGCAUGGAAAAGCAAUUACAGUACUUGAAAUGGAUCACCCUAUUGUUGAAUUUCUAACGUUAUGUGAAACACCCUAUCCAAAUGAAUUUCAAGAACCCUAUGCUGUUGCAGUACUUCUGGAGAAAGAUCUCAUUGUAGUUGAUCUGACACAAAGCAAUUUUCCAAUCUUUGAAAAUCCAUAUCCCAUGGACAUUCAUGAAUCACCAGUUACAUGUACAGCAUAUUUUGCUGAUUGCCCUCCAGAUUUGAUACUAGUCCUCUACUCUACAGGAGUCAAGCAUAAAAAACAAGGAUACAGUAAUAAGGAGUGGCCAGUCAGUGGAGGAGCUUGGAACCUUGGAACACAAACAUUUCCAGAAAUUAUUAUUACUGGCCAUGCAGAUGGAUCAGUAAAAUUUUGGGAUGCUUCUGCAAUAACUUUGCAGAUGCUGUACAAGUUAAAAACUUCAAAAGUAUUUGAAAAACAGAAGCCAGGAGAAGGAAAACAGACAUGUGAAAUUGUAGAGGAAGAUCCAUAUGCCAUUCAGAUGAUUUACUGGUGUCCAGAGAGCAGAAUAUUCUGUGUAUCAGGAGUCUCUGCAUAUGUCAUAAUUUAUAAAUUCAGCAAACAUGAAAUUACAACAGAAAUAGUGUCACUAGAAGUACGUCUUCAGUGUGAUGUGGAAGAUAUUAUUACCCCUGAAGCAGAAACAAGUCCUCCAUUCCCAGAUCUCUCAUCUCAGCUUCCUUCUUCAAGAAGUCUUUCUGGAAGUACUAAUACUGUAGAAAGUGAAGGAGCAACGAAAGAUAGUAUUCCAUGUCUCAAUGUUAAGUCUAAACCAGUCCGAAUGCCCCCAGGCUAUCAAGCAGAACUUGUUAUUCAGCUGGUGUGGGUGGAUGGAGAACCUCCUCAACAGAUUACUAGUCUUGCUGUAAACUCAGCAUAUGGCAUAGUUGCAUUUGGAAACUGCAAUGGAUUGGCUGUGGUGGAUUUUAUACAGAAGACAGUACUGUUAAGCAUGGGGACCAUUGACCUAUAUAGAUCAAGUGAUCUAUACCAACGACAACCAAGGUCUCCUCGAAAAAACAAGCAGUUCAUUGCAGAUUCUGGUAUGAUAUCACUUCCUUUCACUUUAGACUAUUUCUCUCUCUUUCCUCUGCCUGCUGCUGAUGCUGGUGCUCUGGCAUGUUCCAAAGACAACUUUUGCAUGCGUGGCCUGUCUAACUUUUAUCCUGAUUUAACGAAACGGAUCCGUACUUCCUAUCAGAGUUUAACCGAGCUGAAUGAUGGUCCAGUACCCCUGGAACUUGAGCGCUGCAAAUCUCCCACUUCAGGACUUGCUACCAGAACUCCUGAUGCAGCACCAGGUUUUUAUAGGAAUGACAUACCAACUGUAAGACAGAGGAAUCAAGUACAUCACUUGCCAGAUCAUGUAAAUGGACAUUGUACAAGCCCAACUCAGAGUUGUGGUUCUGGAAAACGUCUUUCUAGUGCUGAUGUUUCAAAAGUAAAUCGCUGGGGACCCGGAAGACCACCAUUUCGAAAAGCACAGUCGGCUGCUUGCAUGGAAAUUUCAUUACCAGUUACAACAGAAGAAAGCCGUGAAAAUUCCUAUAAUCGUUCUAGAAGCUCUAGCAUCUCCAGCAUUGACAAAGAUUCUAAAGAAGCAAUUACAGCACUAUACUUCAUGGAAUCCUUCGCUCGUAAAAAUGACUCUACUAUCUCCCCCUGUUUGUUUGUUGGAACUAGUUUGGGAAUGGUUUUAAUCAUCUCCUUAAAUCUACCUUCAGCGGAUGAACAAAGAUUUACAGAACCAGUCAUGGCAUUACCAAGUGGUACAUUCCUCUCCUUGAAAGGAGCUGUGUUAACUUUCUCCUGUAUGGACCGAACUGGCGGAUUAAUGCAGCCACCAUAUGAAGUUUGGAAGGAUCCAAACAGUACCGACGAAAAUGAAAAAUCUUGGAAAAGGAAACUGGUUAUGAACUUCCCCUCGCCAUCACAAGAAACUGGAGAUCAUCAGUAUACAAUAAUAUGCUCAGAAAAACAAGCCAAAGUCUUCUCACUGCCUUCUCAGACUUGCCUUUAUGUUCACAAUAUCACUGAGACAUCUUUUAUACUACAAGCAGAUGUGGUGGUCAUGUGCAACAGUGCCUGUUUGGCAUGCUUUUGUGCCAAUGGGCAUAUCAUGAUAAUGAGCCUCCCUAGUCUUCGCCCAAUGUUGGAUGUGAAUUAUUUGCCACUAACAGACAUGAGGAUAGCACGGACAUUCUGUUUUACUAAUGAAGGACAGGCACUGUACCUGGUCUCUCCUACUGAAAUUCAACGGUUAACAUACAGUCAAGAGAUGUGUGACAAUCUACAGGAGAUGCUAGGGGAUUUGUUUAUUCCCAUAGAGACACCAGAAGCUCAAAAUAGAGGAUUUCUCAAGGGAUUGUUUGGUGGAAGUGGACAAACAUUUGACAGAGAAGAGCUCUUUGGGGAAGCUACAGCAGGAAAAGCAUCACGCAGCCUUGCACAGCACAUUCCCGGACCUGGUGGGAUAGAAGGGGUGAAGGGCGCGGCUGGAGGGGUAAUGGGAGAGCUGACCCGUGCACGGAUUGCGCUUGACGAGAGAGGACAGAGGCUAGGAGAGUUGGAAGAGAAAACUGCAGGAAUGAUGACCAGCGCAGAGGCAUUUUCCAAACAUGCACAUGAGCUAAUGCUGAAAUAUAAGGAUAAGAAAUGGUACCAAUUCUAAACUUCUAAAGAAGCCGUGACUACUUUGAGAAACCAUUAUUCAGGGAAAACAGAUUUAUUCCCAGCAUCAUUUUCAACUGCUAGAAGCCAGUUUCUUCUACACAAUGUUCCAUUAUAGUCCGUCAGAAGUUAUCAUAAGGAAGACUUAUCAGAGACACUACAAACCCAAAGGCUGGAACCCUGGUUGAAAUCCCAAUGGCUGAAUUUGUCUUUUCCUAUGUGAAAUGGAGCUAUCAUCUUGGCAUGUCAUUUGCUAGGAAUUUACUUUUAGGAACUAUGGGGAGUCCUUCUGAUUUGAAAAAUCCUGUACAAACAAAAGCAUUAAUGCACAUAGUGAAAAAAAUAUUUGCAUGAUAAAUUAACAUCUUAAGAGGAAAAGAAAAAAAGCAUGUUGUGACAGAAGCAAAAAAGAUUUAUGGUAAACUAUUUUUUUAAAUUGGGCCACUCCUGACAAUUAGAGUCUUCAUUAGAAGUUAUCCAUGCACUUCAAAUAUAUU